AUGUCCAAACCGACCCUCACAUUCGUCACCGGCAACGCCAACAAGCUGCGCGAGGUGCAGCAGAUCUUUGCGCUCUCGCCCAACUUUCCCUACGAGCUGACCAACAAGGAUCUCGACCUGCCGGAGAUCCAGGGUACCACACGCGAUGUCGCCCAAGCCAAGUGUUCCGCAGCAGCCAAGGCGCUAGGCGGUCCUUGCAUCACCGAAGACACUGCGCUUGGCUUUCAUGCUCUCGGCGGCCUGCCAGGACCUUACAUCAAGGACUUCAUGAAGACGAUUGGGCACGAUGGGCUCAACAAGAUGCUAAACGGCUUCGAGGACCGGUCUGCCUCGGCGAUUUGCACGUUUGCCUACUGCCCAGGGCCAGAUCAGCCGGUACAGCUGUUUGAGGGCAAGACGGAAGGCGUCAUCGUUCCCGCUCGUGGGCCAACAGCCUUUGGCUGGGAUCCCAUUCUCGAGGUCAAGGGAACGGGGCAGACGUACGCAGAGAUGGACCCCAAGUACAAGAACACGCUCUCGCACAGGUACAAGGCGCUGUCCUUGCUGCAGGAGUACCUCGUCAGCCUCAAUGACAAGGCCUAA